GGAAGGGUGCAAAUUGCAAUGGAGGUGUCAGAAACGCGGGGAAGAAAGAGGGCAUGGCAUAUAUGAACAAAAACUGGAAAACAGAAUCAGGAACAAAAUAUUUGAUCAAGUUGGGAUUAGGAUUAGGAUUAGGGUUAGGGUUUUUCUUCGUCUUAAACACACUGAUUCACAACCAUCUCAAAUUCCUCAAAUCGGAGAAACUACACAUCACUGCCUUGCUAGGUUUUUCCAACAAUCAAACUUAUAUGAAUCAAAUAUACGUGUUUUCUCUCACUAUUUUUGGUGUGCAUUCGUGCAAUUCUGAACGUGGAACUUUUUUCAAACGCAGGGAUUGAAAAAAACAGGGUGGCAUCAGAAGACUCAAAACAGUGGAAAUGUUGGGGGAAUGAAUUGAUGAGUUGAAAUGAGUAGGUUGUCUUUCAGGCCUCGACCACUUGAUAUUCACAAGAAGCUCCCCAUUAUCAAGUCUAUCAAGGACUUUGAAGAUGAUGACGCACCCGCUUCUACCCGUAAUUCGCAUUUGCUACGUGUUGUUCCUGAGGUUGAAAAUGAGGUACAUCAAGCUCCCAGCAAGAAAAUGGCUGCUGAAAUACCUACUCCUCAGUUUGUUGUUGUGGAUACAUAUGAAAGGGACUAUUCUUGCACUUUUGCUCAACCAACUUCAUAUUUGCGGGCAAGAGGAGCUCGGGCUGAGAUUGGAGAGUUUGUUGAGUAUGACUUAGACCAUGAAGAUGAGGAUUGGCUUUCAGAGUUUAAUAAAGAAAGGAAGAUUCUUACACCUGAAAUGUUUGAGAAUAUUCUUUUCAAGUUGGAGGCAUUGGAUCAUAAAGCUCGCGAAAGAGCUGGACUUAUAACACCAACUCUUGGUUCACCAAUUCCUGUGCAACUUCGGCUUGAUACUGCUAUUGAGGCUUUACAAGCACAGCCCAUCAGAUAUUCAGUUUUCCAGUCUGUAUACGAUUAUUGGAAAGAGAAGCGAGAACGGUGGCAAAAGCCCAUUUUGCGACGUUUGCAGCCGCCUCCACCUGUUAAUGAUACCAACCCAUAUAAUGUGUUUCGGCCAAGGGAGAAGGCCCACAGACUUCACACAAGAAGGAUGCAAAGGAGAGAAAACAAUGUGCAAUCUUUUGAAAAGCUUCGCCAGGUCAGGCGCAACCUUGACCAAGCUAAGAGCUUGUUGGAGGCUUUGAUCAAGAGGGAAGAGAAAAAAAGAGAAGUAAUGGAGAGUGAAGUUAUGCUGCAGAGGAUGCAAAUGAAGUACAAGCAUGAAACUGAAUUUUUGGAAGACAAUUUGGCACUCUCUGGAUUUACUCCAUUCUCUUCUAAGUUUGUCUCAAGUGAAGAAGAAUUUUUCGAUUCAGAUGAUGUCAUUCCAAACCGUCCUCCUCGUGCACGGCCUGCUGUGCCACAGAGUUUGCCUUCCUAUGACAACAACCUGCCCAUGGUUCCUACAGCUGGCACAAAGCAAGAGUUUAGAAGGAGAUAUGCCCCACAUGGAUGGCUUCAUAGACUGGAUCCACAUGAGCCAGUUUUAUUGUUCACAAAGCCUCUAAUUCCAGAUAAGUUGGGUAUGGCUGGCAUUAUGCCAUCAGAUUCUAUCACAAAAAAUGGGGUGGCAGCACCAACAUAUAAUCAAUUUCGUGGAAGAAUGGGCAGAGGUGGCCGUAUAGUAUUUGACCGAUGGAAUCCUCUUAUGCAAACUCCAAUUGAUUAUGGCAAUUCUUAUUAUAUGCCACCAAAACCACCACCUUCAACUUGUAACUAAUUUCUCUCUAAUUGGUGCCUAUCCUGUUGGUUACAAUUUUGUUUAUAAUCAUUGGGAAGGUACAAUAUUGCAAAGGGAACUUGUAAACAUCAUUUGGGCCUCAAAUUUUCUUUUCUUUUCUCCAUAUCUGGCCAUUCAAGUAUUUUUAU